GGGUUCUCGCGGAGCGAGAGGAAGAAGAUUGGCCGUGUUGCGGCAUUGGGAAGGGAUCUCUCUCAAUUUUUUUUGUCUCUCAAUCCCUGGUUUGUAGCUCGGCCUUCCAUCGCUGCUUCGCGAGAGCAUUUGGAUUCCAGAUUUCCCCUCUUUUAUUUUGUGCUCUCCAUCUCUUCCGGAAGGGGCAUUUUUGUUUUCUUCGUUGAUCCAAUCCAAGCGCCAUCGCGAGGAAGGAGAGAGAUCUUCGUUUGGUUGUCCCCAUUUCUCCUUCCACUGGGUCUUCUAUAAGUUUUCCCUUUCUUGAGAGAGUUCUAGACGCAAGCGUGUUCUUCAUCUUCUUCUCCAAGCUAUCGGGUUGGAUGGUCGAAGCGUGGGGUGUGUGGUGAGCUCCAGCAUCGUGCGGCACAAGUCUUGGAUCGCGAUCAGCUUUAAGAGCAAUUGAUCGAUCCAUCCAUCGAUCUACCCUAGUUCUAGCCAGGAUUUCUGGGCAGGAAUUCUCUUCUUUCCCCUUUCCAGAAUUCCUCUCACGAGCGCGUGCGAAGAAAGAGAGGCCGUGAUCAUCGAGCGAGAGGAGCUGCAAUGAUGACAAGAAUGACCGCGGUGGCGCCCAAGGAGCGCAUCUCCAGCGGCCUCUCCAGCGUGAUCCGCGAGAGGAAUGCCGCGGCGGCUGGGCCGAGCCGCCGGGACAAGCUCCUCGGGAUCUCUCCCGGAUCAUCCCCGUCGCCGCUCUCGAUGCUCGAUCCACCCGACAGCGAGCUCCGGGAGGAGGACGUGUGGGGCGGCGACGAGAAUUCAGCCGACGAUCUGGACGAGAAUCAACCCUCUCAGCAGCAGCCAUCGGCGCGAUUCCUCAAGAGUGGGCGCCAGUGGCUGGGGCUGGAAUCCUCCACCAAGGAGCAAGCCUCGCCGCUGGGGCUCUCGUCCAUCAAUCGCCCAAGCGCCAAGGAGGUGUCCACCGCGGCGCCAGUGCGCAAAUCCACCACGGCCUCGCGGAUGAUCCCCCAGGUCUCGUCCUUCGAUCACCCGGGGAAGAUGAUCCAGCAGCAGUCCGCGCCAGUGAACAUCCCGGACUGGAGCAAGAUCCUGGGGAUCGACAAGCGCGGCGGCAAGGAGAAUGGGUUCGAUGGAUCGGAGGAGCCCGAGGAGGUGGAGGAGGCGGAGGAUGAGUGGCAGGAGGAGGAUUUGGAUCCGCGCGGUCGCGAGAUGGGCAGGAAGAAGAACAGGAUCCCUCCUCACGAGCUCGCGGCGAGGGAGUAUGCCAAGAGCCACACUGCCUUCUCGGUGUACGAGGGCGCCGGGAGGACGCUCAAAGGGAUGGAUCUCCGGCGAGUGAGGAACGCAGUGUGGAUGCAGACUGGAUUCCUGGGCGGGUGAUCCAAGAGCGAGGACGAACGAUUGUUGGGUCGAUCCAAUCGCUUGUUCCUCGCGUUUUGGUCAGUUUUUUCUUUUCUUUUCUUUUCUUUUCUUAUAGUUGUCUAGCUUUGUUCUUCAUCCCUUUCGAUCUUAUCUCUCUCACUCCCUCUCACCCACACUGGAUUAGAUUGAAGUUUUGAGCACAAUGACGGCAAGAAAAGAAGAAGAAGAGCAGGAUUUUCUCUGGUUUUUUGCCUCCUUCCCUAGGUAUGAUAUUGUGAAGAUGAUAUACACUUAGAGGAUUUCUUCUCCCCUUUUUUUUCAAUGUUCUUUAGUUUUUAUUUUUCUGGCCAAGCUUGAUGCUGCUCCAGAGGAAAUCAGAAAAAGAAUCUCUUUGACUGUAAAAUCGCAGGUGGUGUGUGUUUCUUGUUUUUCUAGUUUUUCUUCUCUCUCGAUCUGACUGAAAAUGGCAUAGUGGAAUUGAUGAAUGGGAGUGCUGUGUUUUUUUUCUACUCUUUUUUCUCGUGUUUUGCAGCGCAGCAGCAGCAGCAGAAGCGGAAGCAGCAGGAGAAUCAGAGAGAGAGAGAAAAAAAUGGAGGAAAAAAUGAAGAAAGAGAAAAAGGGUUGUUCUUGACAAAUGUCCAGAACCUUUUCUUGCUUCCAAAGUCUCCCUGGUUUCUCUGAUCUCAACUUCUUGGAUUGGGAAUUUGGGAGUUUCUCCAUAUGGAUCAGAACUUCUUUGGUUA